AUUGACAUCACCACAUUGAAGCUCCAAUCAAUCAGCCACAUUAAUCCAACCCACAAUGCCGGCAAGCAGGUUGAUAUCUAGCAGCUCACGCUUUGUCUGCCGCGGCUGUACCAAGCGAAAGGCACACCGAUUCUACAGCUCGGCUGCAUCGCCAGAGAUCUACGAUGUCGUCUGUGUCGGCGGCGGCCCAGCCGGCCUCAGUCUGUUGACGGCACUACGUGCCAACCCCGCCACUUCUCGCCUCCGAGUCGCCCUUGUUGAAGCCCAAGAUCUCGCCAAAACUGCAUCCUUCUCCCUCCCCUCAACACAAUUCUCGAACCGAUGCAGCUCACUGACACCCUCUUCGGCACAUUUCCUCAACGAUAUCGGCGCUUGGACACACCUGAAGAGAGACCGAGUGCAAGAAUACCACGAGAUGUUUGCCUGGGAUGGACUUACAGAUGCCCGCAUCGAGUUCGAAUGGCCCGACAAGAAUACCACUCAAAGCCCGGUCAUCGCUUACAUGACCGAAAAUCUCAACCUCACUUCCGGCCUGCUGAAGCGCAUACAUGAGCUGGGAGGUAUUGAUAUCUUUGAUAACUCCAAGGUCGAGAACAUUGGCCUUGGUGAGGAGACUGAAGAUCUCGACCUCAGCAGCUGGCCUGUCCUCCAUCUAUCGGGAGGUCAGUCGCUCGCUGCCCGCCUUCUUGUUGGCGCCGACGGCGCAAACAGCCCUGUCCGCGCUUUCGCUGGGAUUGAAAGCCGCGGUUGGGAUUACGGUCGCCACGGUGUGGUCGCGACACUGGAGCUUGAGGGCGAAGGCUGGGGUGGCUUAAACAGCAAGGCUGCCUACCAGCGCUUCCUGCCUACCGGCCCCAUUGCCAUGCUGCCUAUGCCUGGAAAGUAUGCCACACUUGUCUGGUCUACAACGCCAGAGAAUGCGGCUAUUCUCAAGAAGCUGGCUCCAAAAGACUUCAUUGCUCUGGUCAAUGCGGGUUUCCGAUUAGGCGCUGUAGACGUCGCAUUUAUGCACACUCAGCCCACUGGUCAGGAGGACGAGUUGAGCUGGAGACUACAGCACACUGCUGUUGAUGAACAUUCGGUUCCCCAGACCGUUGUUGGUGUCCAGGAGGGAUCCGUCGCAUCAUUCCCGCUCAAGAUGCGUCACGCAGACACAUAUAUUGGCGAGCGUGUUGCGCUUGUUGGCGACGCUGCCCACACAAUUCAUCCCCUCGCUGGUCAAGGUCUCAACCAGGGCCAAGGUGACGUCCAGAGCCUUGUCAAAACCAUCGAGUAUGCUGUCACACACGGUCAGGAUCUCGGCAAGCAAACGUCCCUAGAAUCAUACAACAGCGAGCGAUAUGCCGCCAACCACGUUCUCCUUGGCGUGUGCGAUAAACUUCACAAGAUUUACGCCGUCGAGAGUGGCCCUCUUGUUCCCCUCCGCUCUCUCGGCUUAAAGGCUGUCAACAGUCUUGGUCCUCUCAAGAACUUCUUCAUGGAGCAAGCUUCUGGCACCGGUCUCAAGAUGUUUUAAAACGCUUCCCUUAUGUAGCUCACCGAUGUACUCUUCUGUGUAAUUUUAUACUUUUCGGCCAGCUGGUGCCGCGGACGCUAGCAGUUCAUGCUUCUUCAUGUUUGUUAUUAAUAGAACCGAGAUAAAACAAAAAAGGGAUAGUUUAAGUUAAAAGGAAUUAAGCAAAACUUGCAUUUGGAGUAUAUACUUUAAUUCUCCUAGCCAGCUAUGACUACAGACAAAAGAAAAAGAAGACUUUGAUAACCAUUCUACAUGACUUAUUCCACCUCCUUUACACCCGUUUAUCGAUCGACCUCACCAAACACCAAAUCCAUAGUACCAAUAACAGCGACGGCAUCAGCCAACAUGUGGCCCUUGGCGACGUGGUCGAAACCGCCCAAGUGAGCGAAACCGGGGGCGCGGAUGUGGCAUCUGUAGGGGCGCUCGCUGCCGUCACUUACGACGUAGACACCCAUCUCGCCCUUGGGGGCCUCGAUGACGGAGUAUGUCUCGCCAGGGGGCACAGCGUAACCCUUGGUGUAGAGGAGGAAGUGGUGGAUGAGAGCCUCCAUGUUCUCCUUCAUGGCAGAACGGGGAGGGGGAGAGACCUUGUAGUCCUCGACGCGGACAGGGCCGGCAGGCAUGUCGUUGAGGCACUGGUGGAUGAUGCGAAGAGACUGGCGGAACUCCUCCAUACGGCAGAGAUAACGGUCGUAGCAGUCACCGUUGGUGCCGACAGGGACGUCAAAGUCGACCUUGUCGUAAGCAUCAUAGGGCUGGCUCUUGCGGAUAUCGUAGGGGACACCGGAGCCACGAAGCAUGACACCAGUGAAGGAGAGGUUCAGGGCUUCGGCGGCAGAGACGACACCGACACCGCGGAGACGUUCGAUCCAGACACGGUUAUCCGUCAACAUCUCCUCGGUCUCGUCGAUUCUGUCACCGAACUGAGUAGCCCACUGGUAGAUAUCGUCGAGAAGGCCAAUGGGGAUAUCCUGGUGGACACCGCCAGGGCGGACGUAGGCGGCGUGGAGUCGGGCACCAGAGACACGCUCGUAGAAUUCCUAUAA